AUGAACCUCCUCAGCCAGGUGAGCAGCUCCAGGCAGGCUGUGGCUGGGGUGACGAGCACGGCGGCCUUCUUCCUCUGCGAGGAGCUGCUGGGCCAGCACUUUGACGUGGUCCCUGAUGGGGUGGCUGAGCCCCAGCCUGGGGACCUCUUCCUCUUCCCGCUGGCCUCCGGGGGCCUGGGCUGGUGGGGCGCCCACGCUGGCGUCUACUGUGGCGAUGGGGAGAUCAUCCACCUGGAAGGGACGUCCCGGCUGGGGAUCGUGUCCAAGCACGGCAAGAGGCACCUGCUGCGGGCGCGGGGCCCGGCCAAGGUGCUGCGCAGGAGGGCAGGGCUGGACGUGGCCGCCCUGCGCCAGCGCGUCCGGGCGGCCAUGGACCAGGCGCUGGAGUACGACCCUGUCACCUGCAACUGCAUCCACUUCGCCCUCACCCUGCUGGGGCUGGGCCACCUUGCCAGUGCCAUGGUGGGUGCCAGCACCCUGGGGACCCCGAUGGCUGGUCCCACCAAGUGUCACCACAGCCCAUCUCCUCUCCCAGGUGUCCCCAGCACUGCAGUGACCGAUGUGGCCAUGUGUCCAGGGAACACGCUGCAGCUCUUCAUGAAGUGCUCCAGUAUGGUCUCCUCUCCACAGGUUCGCAGCUACUGCCAGGUGCCUGCUGGAAUGGCUUUCUCGCCUGUCUUGGGGAUCCCAAUGGGUCCCAGCAGGCACAGUCGUGGCGUGGGGGACCACUACAGCCUGGGUGCUACAGACCUGUGA